UCAAUAAUCUGCUUCCCCACAAAGAAGGAUUUCUAGCUCCACCAACUCUGCCUCGGCCUUUGCCUCUGCCUCCGAUUCCUGUCUCUCUCUGUCUGAAGCUUUAGCAGAAAAUGGAGAGUGACCAACAAAAGCCGUCUCUAAACACACCAUUGAUUAAAGUUGUUCGAGAAAAUGGACCUGAAAAGUAUGCAAGUCAUAGGAAAAGAGAGGUUGUACUUGAAGAAGUAAAGAAGCAGCUGUGGCUAGCAGGUCCUCUAGUCUCAGUGAACCUAUUGCUCUAUUGCUUACAGAUGAUAUCUGUUAUGUUUGUUGGUCAUCUUGGUGAGUUACAUUUAUCUGGUGCUUCCAUGGCUUCUUGUUUUGCAGCAGUCACCGGUUUCAGCUUGCUGAUGGGAUUGUCAACUGCACUGGAGACAUUAUCUGGCCAGGCAUAUGGAGCAAAGCAAUAUGAUAAGAUGGGCAUAUAUAUGCAGAGAGCUAUGGUUGUUCUCUUACUUGUUAGCAUACCUCUUGCUAUUAUUUGGGCGAACACAACAUCUAUUCUAACUUUCCUCGGCCAAGAUGCUGCAAUAGCAGCUGAAGCAGGACAAUAUGCUCGUUUCAUGAUCCCGAGCCUUUUUGCGUAUGGCCUUCUUCAGUCUUUGAUCAGAUUUUUACAGACCCAAAACAUUGUUUUCCCAAUGAUGCUGAGCUGUGGAGUCACAACUUUACUCCAUGUCAUUAUAUGUUGGGUUCUGGUAUUCAAAUCUGGGCUUGGAAACCGGGGAGCUGCUGUGGCGAAUUCCAUAUCUUACUGGAUCAACGUGUUGUUUUUGGGACUUUAUGUCAAGUUCUCAUCUUCAUGUGCAAAAACUUGGACAGGGUUUUCGAAGGAAUCUUUAAGAAACAUCCCAACUUUCCUUAAACUUGCCAUUCCUUCAGCUGUCAUGGUUUGCUUGGAGAUGUGGUCAUUUGAAAUGAUGGUUCUUUUAUCCGGUCUUCUUCCCAAUCCUGUUCUAGAAACCUCUGUUCUUUCUAUCAGCUUUAACACAGCCGGAAUAGUAUGGAUGAUCCCAUUUGGACUAAGUGCUGCUGUAAGCACUCGGGUUUCCAACGAAUUAGGAGCGGGACAUCCAGAAGCUGCUCGAUUAGCAGUGACUGUUGUUUUGAUCGUGGCCAUUACAGAGGGUUUAUUAGUUGGAGCUGUUCUUAUAUUGAUCCGUAAAGUCUGGGGUUAUGCUUAUAGUAAUGAAACAGAAGUGGUUAAAUAUGUAGCAACAAUGAUGCCAAUUCUUGCAUUAGUCAAUUUUAUAGAUGGACUCCAGAGUGUUCUUUCAGGGAAUGCUAGAGGAUGUGGAUGGCAGAAGAUUGGAGCUUAUGUGAAUCUUGGAUCUUACUAUUUGGUGGGAAUUCCUUCAGGUGUUUUACUGGCUUUUUUCUUCCAUAUUGGUGGGAAGGGUCUGUGGUUGGGAAUAACAUGUGCACUCAUUGUACAACUUUUAUUUCUGUUUAAUAUCACCCUUCAAACCAACUGGGAACAAGAAGCAAAGAAAGCCACAGGAAGGAUCCAUGACUCAAAAAUUCCUGUACAAGUAGUCCAAUGAUAUUCUUAAUUGUGACUGCAACAGGCAAAAAAAAAAAAAAAAAUAAA